CAGGCCUCGUACUUCCCAGGAGUUCACUUCGUCCUCGGUUCAUGGUAUCGAAGCGACGAGAUCGGCCGCAGAGGCGGCAUCUUCUAUAUCGGUCUUACGCUUGGCACCUUGACAGCAUCCUUACUGCAAGCCGCAGCAGUGACAUACCUCGACGGGACCCACGGCCUAGCCGGCUGGCGCUGGCUCUUCAUCAUCAACGCAAUCAUCACACUACCUCUCGCGGUAAUCGGAUACUUUGUCUGGCCCGGAACACCUGCAAAGCCAAACAAGCUGCUCAUGAAGGAGUCCGAACUCGAGCUGGCACGUUCGCGUCUGGAAAAGGCUGGCGCAUCAGUCAAGAGCACACCCUUCUCCUUGAACCUUUUGAAACGAGUCUUUACGAACUGGCGAUUUUACGUCUUGAUCAUCUGGAAUAUUCUCUUCUUCAACACCAGUGCAAACAGCGCGGCGUUCUUGCUGUGGAUCAAGAGUCUCGGCAGAUACAGCACAGCUCAGAUGAAUAACCUGGCCGCGCUCAGCCCCGGGCUGGGAAUCUUCUUCGUUCUGUUCAUCAACUUUAGCGCAGACUUGUGGAUUGGGCGCCCUGCUGCAAUCACUCUGGCGUCAGCGAUCAACUUCUCGGGACUGGUCAUAUUGGCCAUCUGGAACGUGCCGGAAGCCGCAAAGUGGUAUGCAUUUAGCACCACAUACUCUGCGGUUGCGGUCUCCUCGGUGCUGUACGGAUGGGCCAACAUCAUCCUCAAACACAACAUUGAGGAGCGGGCUUUGACAUUGAUCCUCAUGACGGCCAUCGCCACAUCUACAAACGCGUGGAUUCCGCUGUUUGUGUACCCAACCGUCGAAGCCCCAAGGUUUCCCAAGGGCUAUGUGUACUCUGCCGUCAUGGUUGUGUUGCUGGUUAUCAUGACGCAGGUUGUGAGGCUUUUGCUAGGUUCUCAUGGGGAAAAGAGGAUACGCAAAGCUCAGCACAGUGAUAGUACUGCGGUUUCUGGUGACGAGCAGCCAUCAACGAGCUACCAGACGUCUGACCAGAAGGAGCCUACGCCUAUAGUUGCGGCAGUCUAA